AUGGAACACAGAUCGGUCUACCUUGCACCAGUCACACUCAGGCUUCCCGCAUUACGUCAUUGCCACUACCUCGUUAGACUGUGCGCCUGUGGAGCACAGUCACACCAGCAGAUAGGACAGGCACUUGAACAUACCACAUGGGUUUCCUGCGUCGCAAUUUCCUCCAGUGGAGAAGUGGUCGCGAGCGGAGACUUUGAUGGGAAUCUUCAACUCUGGUCCAUCGAGAACACACUCUCCGCAGCAUUCGGAAUGUAUUACUCAUACAUUGCACACCGCAGUAAGGUGAAGUUGGGCCAAAAGCUCCAUGCACAGGCCCUUUCGGAUGCGGAAAAGGUUAUCGAGCUCAACCCUUCAUCUUAUCUUGGGUACGAGUUGAAGUAUACAGCGCUUCGUGGAGCACAACGCUAUGAUGAUGCAUUGGCAGCCUUCAUAAUCAUGCUCUCCAAGUUGGAUUAUGCGCUCGACCCACGGAUCCAAUGCAAGCUCACACAACUUGAGCGCCAACUGGAAUGA